UCACACUCACACUUAGCAGCGUAUCUGUCCCUGGUUUGCAUCCCAUGUUUUCAGAGUUUUCACAUUAGCAAGGCAUCCAUGGGACGCAGAGCCGCUGUCAGUCCGGGUUAUCCCCGAUUUUUCUCACUGCGGACAUACCGCGAAUUUUCCCAUAAUCCGCUGCCAACUCAAUGCUGAUCCGAUAAAUCCCAGUGUGAACACUUUUGUCCCUUUUUUGCUUCUCUCUCCCCCCGCUAAGUCUUGUCGUCGGAAGCUGAUUGGUCUGCAUCUCCAGCUCCCCAAAUGCUUCGUCCGCCAUUUUUUCCCCGCUACCUAAACAUUUCAGCGGUACAUCUCCAUUGGUGCCAUCUCUAUUCUUCUCUCCCCGUCUUUUGCAUCCUGAUAAGUUCGUGUUACGCGCCUCACAUUUCCAACCCCCCCCCUUAAAAAAAUGUUUGCCUAGCGGUGAGCGAUUGUGGUCAUGAUGAACCAAACGUUUCAGUGACAACCCCUCUCCACUCAAAACUCUCUGCAUUUUGACAAUUCAAUCAGGAACCACCAUCGACAUUUUCCAGUAAUGAAAAAUAAAAUUGGCCAUAACGUUUCUGCGUUCUGUGGAUGCAAAGGUGCAUUGAGACAUCUCCACUUGUGUGUUCUACAUAUUUUGACUCCUUUUUUCGGGAUGGGAAUGGGGUUGGGGCAGUGGGUGGUGCCCUCAAACGAGGUUCAAACUCACCCCUUCUGGGAUCACGUGAUUUUUGUGGACCAAUGGGGUGCCAUUAUUUGCUGGGCGGGAAAUUCAACUCCUGCGAUCUGUGCCACCUCCGUGCACUGCUCAACGGUUGCUCAAGGAAAUGGCUGCACUAAAACCAACCAGUGGGAGAGGGGUCUCCUGGAGGGAGAAGGAGACAUUGGACCUCAUUGAAUUUUGGGGUGAGGAGAAGGUGCAAGAGGCACUAUUGCUCUGUCACAGGAACAUUGAUGUUUUCGAGCGCAUCUCAGAGCAGAUGGUGGCGAGAGGCCAUGCAAGAACCGCACUCGAAUGCCGGACAAAAACAAAAGCUUUGAGACAGGAGUACAAGAGGGUCGCGGCACACAAUGGAAGAUCGGGAAAUGCCCCUGCAACAUGCCCUUUCUAUGCACAGCUUGCAAGAAUUUUCAGAGGGGAUGCAAGCAUACGGCCACAAAGGGUGGCAAGAAGUCUUAACCUGCAGUCGGUGAGCAAUGCCGACCCCAUGGGGGAAGAUCGGUCGAACCAUGGCGUUCCCGCUCCAUGGGAGGGAUCAGAGGAACUAUUCACACAUCCAAUGGUCACUCUACAUCUUCAGGCGGUCCCCGCUUCCACUCCCAAUGAUUCAGGUUCUUCCACAGAACAAGAAACAUCAAUCGGAGAAGCCCCCCCAAUGGACAUGACCGAUCCAGAGGAUGAAAAUGCCGCAGACGAUCCAGAUUUAACUCAGAUAGAGGAGUUCCCGGAGGUGACAGGACAGGGUGCAGAGGAUCCGCAAGGUAGGAAAGAGCUGAAAUUGUGACCUCCGCAAACUCCUUUGUAACUACUACUUGCAUAACCACUGUCCUUUCCAACAGGAGAUCUGAACAAUCCACCAGCAGUGGAACAACCGCAGGUCCCCACGGCACAACUGUCUCCUGCUACACGCUUAGAAAAGGCGCGCACCAGAACCAGGCGCGUCUCUGUCCUCACCAACGUUGCAGAGAGAAUGCUAUCUCAGGCACAGAGGGAGGAACAAAACAACAGAAAGGAACGUGGAGAAAUUCUGGAGGCAACCAGCCAUUGGCGUGCAGCCAUGGAAUCAGAGACAAGAUGGCACGAGGACAUUAUCAGGGAGGCAAGAGAGGAUCGUAGGGCUUUUAUUGAGGCACAGUCACAAAAUAUGGAGGGGCUUAAUAGGGCUGUCGGUGCCCUCAGCUCCUUGACUGAACUCUUUGUCAGGGAGCAAAGAGCAGGCCCGGUUGCAGAAACUUCCCAAAAUGCCAACAGCAAAACACGCGAUAACGAUCAUGAGAAGGCACCACUAAG